AUGGACUCUGCAGUAAACUUUUUAAAAUUAGCAAUCGAGAAAAUUAGAGAACAUGAAAUGAAAUAUGGAAUAAACCUGAACGAGUUUCACAAUUUGCUGUUCAUAAUAUCAGUUCUUUUUGGAUUUGUGUUUAUUUUUUAUCUUAUCUUUAUAUUAUUUAGUAUAUUUUGCAAGGGAUCCAAACCAAAUAAAAUAGUGUUAUUAUUAGGACCCUGUGACAGUGGGAAAACCACUUUUUUAUUCAAACUCAAAACUGAUAAAAUAUGUAGAACUGUUCCAUCUAUGAAGGAAAAUAUAGCCUUUAUAAAUUUAAAGAAGGACAAAUGGCAAAAAUGUAUUCGAUUUGUUGAUUUUCCAGGGCAUCCCAAAUUAUCCUAUGCAUUAAAUAAAUAUUUCAGCAUUACAAAUGUUAUUAUAUACAUUUUGGAUUGUUCAGAUCGACAGUCUCUUAAAAUUGUUGCAGAGAAACUAUUCGAGCUGUACACCAACAAGCUAAUUGUGAAAAAGCAAAUCCCCAUUAUCAUACUUUGCAACAAGACGGAUUUAUGUAAUUCUCGACCGAAACAAGUCAUUAAGGAAGACUUGGAGAGGGAAAUAGAAAUUUUGAAGAUGUCCAAAUAUAAUAGUCUGGAUGACGACUACAAUGAUGAGACAGAAUGUUUUCUUGGUGCCAAUUCGGAAUUCUUUCGAUUUGAAAGGGCUCCUUGUCAUACAGUAAGUACCGAAAUUUGUAGCGGGUCGGUAAAAAAUAACAACAUAGAAGAAGUGGUAGAACUCAUACAGAAAUUCUACUAA